AUGAUGACGUCAUACAGACGAGACUCGAACUCCGAGCCCGCAGCGCAGCCCUACCACGUGGACACAUCUCAGCUGAUUCCUGUGAACGUGUCCGAGUCAGCUGUGUGCGUGUCAGAAUCAGCUGAUUAUUCAAAUAGAACGAGCGAGGCGUCGGUCGGCGACCGCGGGCCGGCGGCGGGGCCCCUCGCCCGGCUAGCGCUAUACCAAUUACUACGAGCGACUCUCCGAUGA